AUGGUAUGCGCGACGACGCGGGGCGCGUGGGGCGCGACGAUGCGCGACGCGACGAUGCGAUGUUUCCACACCACCGAUGAGGGAACGGUAUUAGCAUACAUACUGUACGGCAGUGUACGGCACCUUCGUCCGCGCUUCCCCAGCGCCGUGUGGAAGGGACUGUACAACUCAGGAGCUAUAACCGCCUCAUCCGGCAAGCAGCUUCCGCGAACGGGCCUUACUUUAGGUUCACGGGGAGAGGAUUGA